AUGUUCUAUUUUAUUACAAAUUAUUUUAUGAUCUUAAAUGCUAUUUCAAUAUUUACUUUAAGUGCUGUAAGUUCAUACUUAUUUAAAGUAUUACCUUCACUUAGUAAACAAAUUAUAUUAAUUGCUAGUAUUUUAAUCUCUUUACCAACUUUAUAUUCAUGAAAUGAAUUAGGUGUUUAUUAUACAACUGAUGGUAUUGCUGAUACACUUAUAUUAUUAACAUUAUAUUUAUUACCUAUUAGUAUAUUAUCUAAUUGAAAUAAUAUUAAUAGUAGUUUAUAUUUUGAAUUAGUUUUAUAUACUGGUUUAAUUAUGUUAAUGAAUUUUAUGUGUCAAGAUAUGACAUCUUUCUAUGUAUUCUUUGAAGCAUCAUUAGCUCCAUUAUUUAUAUUAAUUGGUAUUUAUGGUGCAUCAAAUAAAGAUAAAGCAGCUGAUUAUAUAUUAAUAUAUACAUUAUUAUCAUCAUUAUUUAUGUUAUUAGCUAUAGCUUUAUAUCAUUAUUUAUUAGGUUCAACUGAUUAUCAAACAACUAGUUUAGUUGUUUUAUCUAUUGAUUUACAAUGUAUUUUAUUUUUAGCUAUAUCAAUUGGUAUAGCUGUUAAAACACCAUUAGUACCAUUACAUACUUGAUUACCUGUUGUUCAUUCUGAAAGUCCUUUAGCUGGUUCUAUUUUAUUAGCUGGUAUUUUACUUAAAUUAGCUAUUUAUGGUAUUAUAAGAUUAAUGUUACCAACAUUAACUGAUGCUUCAGUAUUAUUUACACCUGUUAUUUAUAUUAUUGCUAUUAUUACUAUAAUAUAUACAAGUAUAAUAACAUUAAGACAAACUGAUUUAAAAGUUAUUAUAGCAUAUAGUUCUAUAUCACAUAUGGCUGUAUGUAUAUUAGGUAUAUUCUCUAAUAAUUUAUUAGGUUUAAAUGGAAGUAUUAUAUUAUCAUUAGCUCAUGGUUUUGUAUCACCAGCUUUAUUUAUUAUUGUUGGAGGUAUUUUAUAUGAUAGAUAUCAUAAUCGUUUAAUAUAUUAUUACCAAGGUUUAAUUACAUAUAUGCCAGUAUUAUCAUUUUACUUAAUAUUUAUUAGUUUCUGUAAUAUAGGUGCUCCUUUAUCUGUUAAUUUCAUAGGUGAAUUAUUAAGUUUAACUGGUGCUAUAUCUCGUGCACCUAUUCUAGGUUCAUUAGCUGCUAUAUCAGUUUUAUUAUCCGCAUCAUAUCAAUUAAAAUUAACUAAUAGAUUGACUGGAGGUGUUAAAGUUCCAUUUAUUAAAUUAACAGCUGAUUGUACAUAUCGUGAACAAGUAUUAUUAAUUUCAUUAAUUGUACCAACAAUAAUAUUUGGAAUCUGACCAUCAUAUAUAUCAAAUAUUAUUGAAUGAGAUUUAACAAAAUUAUUAUAUUUAUUCAUUGUUUAA